AUGAAGAACUCAAUGACCUUUGAGGAACAGACGGAAAAAAUUGUGAAAGCCUUGCUGAGCGAUUUCUUAGAGGAAAAGCCACCAAUAUGUUUACCUCUAAUUAGUCAGCCUGCAAAUGUGCCUGAAGAAGCUGCAGGGGGUGCUACAAGUACUUUUGACCCAGUUACUAUUGCCAGCCGACUGGAGCACAUAGGAGAUCAUAUUAACAGGGACCUGAAUCCGCAUGUUCAUGUGCUUGCUGCAGAGAUGGUGGAAGGAAAGGUGGUCAAAUUUGGAGAAAUGGUGGAGUCUAUCAGCAAGGAAUGGAGUAGCCAUGUUCCUGGUCUGGAGUAUGAAAGAGCUUUCCUGGCUGUCUCUGUGAGGUUAUUUAAGGGCCUUGUAGAAAAAAUUCCUUCUGUGGCUAGUGCAACUUUACUCAUAGGGCUCAUCAACGGAAAUGCCCACGUGAGAAGCUAUAUUGAAGAACACGGUGGCUGGGAGAAUCUUGAAAACUGA